AUGAGAUGGGAAGUUCUCGUAGACUCUAAGAGCGGUGGUGUCGGUGCACCGCAUUAUGUGAAAAUAUUUCUUAAUAACAAAGGUUCUCGCACUACUUCCCUAGAACAUGGAUUCAACAACUUGACUCUUCGUGCCACCACUUCUCUUGAAGCCUACUGCCAAUGUCUCAAGGAUCUUGCCAGCCAGCUUCAAGAUGUGGAAUGCCCUGUGACAGAAAAUCGACUAGUCUUACAACUUGUUUGUGGCUUGCCUUCUGAGUUCAAUCUUGUUGUUGCUUACAUUCACCAAACUUUACCUUCAUGGGAUACGACUUGUUCCAUGCUUCAGCUUGAGUACCAACGACAACGGGCGCGGGACAGCCACUCAUUAACAGAAGUUGCAGCUACCGUCGACCAUGAACCAACUCCUAAUCGUGAACAGCAUCGCGACCCACCUGCUGCAAAUCGUAGUCGCCAAUCCCAUCAACGCCCCUAUAAUCGACGGCUCUCUCCAUCCGGCUCGCAAAAUAGGUCAACCAACCAGAAACCUGGACAAUCGACCAACUUGCACCCAAACAACCGUCGAGGCCAAACCUCUGGCCAACAAUGA